AUAUUGUUAAUAGUUCUUCAAUAUUUUCACUCUAUUUUCCUCGUUUUCUCGUAUGUAUAUUUAGGUUUUUUUUUUUCUUCUAUUUGCUUGAUUUUGUUUCUACUAUUGCAAUGAUUUUAUGGUAUACAAGAGUGAUUUCCGCAAGAAUUACAAGGAGAAUUUUCCUGAUAACAAAUCUAUGGCCAUUGUUGGGAAAGCUGGUGGUGAGAAAUGGAAGGCAAUGUCUGACUCUGAGAAAGCUCCAUAUGUGGCAAAGGCAUCACCUCUGAAGUCUGAGUAUGAGAAAGCUAUGCAAGAGUUCAAGAAAAAUGUCUCUAAGAGUAGCAGCUCAGAAGCAACUGUGUCUGAAGAAUCUGAGCAGACUUCUGAGGUGAAAGACAACUCUGAGCAUGAAGCAAGCUGUUAGGUCUGUUGCAACAAAGUUUCCUUUACUGUAGGGUUUGGUAUUUCAAUUGUUUCACAAUUCAGACUAAUUCCUCAUGAUAUAGUCUACCGUUUGCAUGUUAAUGAGUGUAGUACUUAGAUGGUUUUCAUACUUCUGUUGAAUACAUACUUGACAAGAAUGUAUCUACACAUAUAUAUACUUUCUAUUAUGAGAAUGCAAACAUGUCAUCAUAUUAUUAAGAUGUGUGGACAAUAUCAAUCUUGAAAUGUUUUCCCUCAACCUUUAGAGCAGCUUUGGUGGUGCUACAUCUUAUUAUAUACUCACAGGAUUCCAGAAUUUCCCCCGGUUACUUGUCUGUACUUAUAUUGUAACUUGUAAAUGCUCCGUAAC